AUGGAGCCCGAUAUUAGCGAGAAAGCGCAGCAUGGCGUAGGCCCAGACGUGGCUCAGGUCGAGAGAGACUCGAAGCAGUCCGAGGAUGAUGAAAAGAGAGAAAGCCAAUCUUCCACGUCCAGAGGAGACGACUCUUCUAGUGACUCAUCCUCUGACCACGAGAUAAAUCACAGACCAAGUCGGGCGUCAAUGGGUGCAACCAUUUCACGCACGGUUUCCGAAGUCCACGACGGCAUUGAGAGUCGACGUGACCCAGAACUGGGGCCGCCGAUGGAGCACAAGGUGACGACCACAGCGGCCAACCCUGAUGACCCGGACCUUGUAACAUGGACUGGCCCGGACGAUCCCGAAAACCCAAAAAAUUGGGCGUUCAGCCGGAAAUGGCUUAUCGUCUUCAUCGUAUCAACAUUCACCUUGAUAUCGCCUUUAUCGUCUUCAAUGGUAGCACCGUCAUUGACGACUAUUGGCGAAGAACUUGACGUUCCCGCAGGAACAGAACAGGCCAUAGUACUGUCCAUCUUCGUCCUGGCGUAUGCCAUUGGACCGUUGGCCUGGGGACCAUUAUCCGAGAUAUACGGUCGGACAGUAGUUUUGCAAUCAACUAAUGUCCUUUACCUCUUCUUCAACCUUGGUUGUGGACUCGCCAGGACCAAAGGUCAGCUCAUAGGUUUUCGAUUCUUGUCUGGGCUGGGAGGCUCUGCUCCUCUGGCAAUUGGUGGAGGAGUCUUGAGCGACCUGUUCACGGCGGAGGAAAGAGGUAAAGCAAUGUCGCUGUACUCCUUGACUCCACUUCUUGGCCCAGCUAUAGGCCCUGUCGCCGGUGCAUUCAUCACGCAAAACACUACGUGGCGGUGGUCAUUCUACGCCACCACCAUCGCCGAUGCCGCGAUUCAGGUCUCGGGUCUGAUUUUCCUACGGGAAACGUACACUCCGGUUCUGCUAGCUUGGAAGAGGAAUAAACUCCAGAAGGAGACGGGCAACACCAACCUACACACCCCCUUCGAUCAUCCGGACAGGACGCUCAGCAAGACGCUGCAAAUGUCCUUCACCCGACCUUUUCGCCUCCUGGGUACCCAGAUUAUCUUGCAGGUACUUGCCCUCUACAUGAUGUAUCUCUAUGGCCUUAUGUACAUUGUCUUGGUCUCAUUUCCGUCCCUGUGGGCUGGUCCGGAGCCAGCGGGCUAUGGUGAGCAGCUCGGUAUAAGUGGACUGAACUACAUCUCCCUUGGCCUUGGCUUCUUUCUUGGCGCCCAAAUCUGUGCGCCGCUGCAAGAUCGUAUAUACGCUGCGCUCAAACGCCGCAACGGAGGACCUGGCCGUCCCGAGUACCGAGUCCCCAUGAUGAUUCCGGGGGCACUUCUUGUCCCGUUCGGCUUGUUCAUCUACGGAUGGACCGCCGAAUACAAGACGCAUUGGAUCGGCCCCAAUAUUGGCGCCUGCUUGUUUGCCGCCGGGACUAUCAUUGGGUUUCAGUGCGUGCAGACGUUUUUGGUCGAUACCUACACUCGCUACGCUGCCAGUGCCGUUGGAGCCGGGACCGUCCUGCGGUCGCUUGCUGGAUUUGGAUUUCCCCUUUUCGCGUCCAGUUUGUAUGAUCGAUUAGGUUUGGGAUGGGGCAACAGCCUUCUGGCGUUUUUAGGCAUUGCAAUCGGAUGGCCUGCUCCCAUUAUGCUAUGGUUCUAUGGGGAGAAAUUGAGGAAGCGCAGUCCCUUUGCUGCCGGUGGAUAA